UUCCCUGCGACCCAGAGGUGGAUACUGCCAAACGCUGAGCAGCUGCAGGCUCCAGCCUGCUCGUGCUUUUUGGACCGUUUGGACACUUUGUGGACUUCAUGCGUUCAGACUGAGAGGAGACACGGUGGAAGUGAGGCACGCGCCAGUCUGUCUUGUUCUGUCGCCAUGUCCAUGCUGCCGACGUUUGGUUUUACGCAGGAGCAAGUGGCGUGCGUGUGCGAAGUCCUGCAGCAGGGGGGGAACAUCGAGCGGCUGGGGCGCUUCCUCUGGUCGCUGCCGGCGUGCGAGCACCUCCACAAGAACGAGAGCGUGCUGAAAGCGAAAGCCGUGGUCGCCUUCCACCGGGGCAACUUCCGAGAGCUCUACAAGAUCCUGGAGAGCCACCAGUUCUCGCCGCACAACCACCCGAAGCUGCAGCAGCUGUGGCUCAAGGCGCACUACAUCGAGGCGGAGAAGCUGCGCGGGCGGCCGCUCGGCGCCGUGGGGAAGUACCGCGUGCGCAGGAAGUUCCCGCUGCCCCGCUCCAUCUGGGACGGCGAGGAGACCAGUUACUGCUUCAAGGAGAAGAGCAGGAGCGUCCUCCGGGAGUGGUACACCCACAACCCCUACCCGUCCCCGCGGGAGAAGCGAGAGCUGGCGGAGGCCACGGGACUCACGACCACGCAGGUCAGCAACUGGUUCAAGAACCGCCGGCAGCGAGACCGAGCAGCUGAGGCCAAGGAGAGGGAGAACAACGAGAACUCCAACAACAACAGCCACAACCCGCUCACUUCUUCCAUGAACGGCAAUAAAACUCUUUUGGGGAGCUCGGACGACGACAAAACGCCGUCGGGGACCCCGGAUCACACGUCCCCGAGCCCGGCUCUGCUCCUCGGUCCAAACCCGGGCUUGGCGUCCCUGCACGGCCUUGCGCCCCCGCCGGGACCCAGCGCAAUCCCCGUGCCCGGCGGCGCAGACUCAGUGCACCUUCACCACUCUGUGCACCAUGACACUAUACUGAACACUAUGUCUUCGAAUCUAGUGGACCUGGGCUCUUAAAAAAUAAAGAGACGGAACAGAAAAGGGGACAAUAAGAAAACUUUUUUUUUCUUUUUUUUUUGUGGAAAAGAAAAUUGAGCAAAGCUUCAAGCACUUGUGAGUUGGAAGGCUGGAAAACUGCAAACAAACCAUUUAAUCUCAUAAACUCUUCUCUUUUUUUUUUCUUUUUUUUUUUU